CGCCAGCCACUUGCCAUCCCUAAUAGCGUGCAACCACGAGAAUAUUUCCAAAAUGCAGAAAAUUAAAAAGAAAACAAAACAAAAGCUGCCUCCUACUCCGGCUCCUGUCGAUAUGGAAGUGGAGAAUGAACCACAAGCAGAAGGCUCGGAUGAGUCCAAUUAUCUAUCCGCUGACGACGAUGAAAUGGACCUGGCAAACUUCAAAGUUAACCCCAGCAGCAGCUCCUCGGUUCCCUCCAAAAAACGCAAGAAGGGCAUUAUUUACAUAUCCAAUAUACCCAAGCACAUGAAUGUGACUCGCUUGAGGGAAAUUCUGGGUGAUUUUGGGAAAAUCGGCAGGGUAUAUCUGCAGCCGGAGAAGCUAUCAAGCGAGAAGGCCAAGAAGAAUAAACGGAAGCGCUACAACAUUCACUUUACCGAGGGCUGGGUGGAGUUCGAGUCGAAGAGGGUGGCCAAGCAGAUCGUCCCACUGUUAAACAACAAGCAGAUCUCCACGAGAAAGAAGUCACAGUUUUACGAUUCGCUGUGGAGCAUGAAGUACUUGCCGCGUUUCAAAUGGGUGCACCUCACUGAACGCAUGAACUACGAGCAGGCAGUGCACAAGCAGCGCCUCCACACUGAGGUCUCACAGGCGCGCAAGGAGACUACGUUCUUCCAGAACAAUCUCGACAAGAGCGAGUUGCUCAAUAAGCAGGCCAAGAAGGCCAAAAAGGAGGAGAAGAAAGCAGCUGCCAAGGACGACUAGACGAUUAUAUUUUAUGUUUCAGCUGUGCCCGAAGAUGAAAUUCCACCUCCAUCCUUUGAGGAGAUGGCCAAGGAAUUGG